GAAGGGGACGGAAGAGGGGGGCUACAACCGCAUUGCCACCCGAGCCCCGGCUCUCCUCUGACCCCCGGUGAGGAGGAAGAGGAAGAGGAGGAGAAGCAGCAGCAGGAGGAGGAGGGAGGGAGGAGGGAGUCAACAUCCAUGCGCGCUGACAAACAGGUGUACGGUUUCAUCCCCGGGACGCGGCGCUAGCUAACGAGCCGCCGCCGCCGCCGCCGCUUCUUCUCCUGCUCUCUGCGUGUCUUCUCUCCGGGUGAGGACCUCCGCAGGUUUCCCACGGAAGAGGCCGGACACCUGCGGACAUGUUGCGGGAUUAGAGGGAGCGAAGCAAGGCGUUAAACGGGAGGAAGAUCUGGGAAUAAGGCUUGACCCGGUGGAGAGACCUAACCCUGAGGUGAGAGCGGAGGAGAGGAAGGAAACCGGGCUUGCACCUCCUCGCUCACCUUUACCUGACUCUUCUUAGCAAAGUCUCCAGUCUGUUGAUUAUAUGACGGAAAGUGUGUCCCCCUGCAGUAGAUCAGUAAGAAGUGCUCUUCAAUAUGAAUACAGAUAGCGGAGGAUGCGCUCCCAAAAGCGUGGCCUUGUCACUCAUACUCUCUCCCAUGAAGAGGGUCCAGAGCUCACCAAAUCUAGCCACAGGGAGUGAUUCUCACUCAUCAGACUUGGAUUCUUGGCGGUCACGCAGCGUAACAGAUGGCCUUAGGAACGGAGACGCCGGCAGCUCAUCUCUCGCCGCCAAAGGAUUCCGAAGCGUCAGACCCAACCUGCAGGACAAGAAGUCACCGACACAGGACAUCAGUCACUUGCCGUUGCCCCCGCCCAGGAGAGAGAGUUUCCACCUCUCGCCCACUGGCACUAAUCCACCAGACUAUAGCUCCCUCAUUGCCCUGACUAACGAUUCCAGCCCUGGAAUGCUAACAUUCAAUCACAAUGAGAAAGCGGUAUUGAAAGAGUCCUUCACCAUUAAUAGCACAUCCUCUUACUCCUAUUCAGAGACCGGUGCAUACCCAGUCCAGCAGGAACACCAGGUCCCAAAUGAUAUUAUCAACUGUAUUGAAUCUGCCACCUCUAAUAAUAAACAGGUCCAGGAGCGUAAAGUGGCUUCGCUCAAACUAACUCCAGUCACCAUCCCCGACCCUCCUGCUCACCUCAACUCUUACCCUGAACCCCAAACUAAGACCCAGACUGCAGCUUCCCCAUCUCCGCCAAGGGGUCCCACUCCCUCUCAACCCCCGACUAGGACAUCCUCGCUCUCUGUGCACCUGGGCCCGGAGAGUCUGAAAAAUCCAGAGCGUCAGCCUCCAAAUCCCACUGCGGAAGUCCUGGCCCCAGAUCAAGUCCUAUAUCGGGCCUCAGGUCUGGCCGCGUUGCAGGUGGAGAUGACGAAGCCUCCUCCUGCAGUUCCACCAAGACCUCCUCCUGCAAAACUCUUGAGGCCUCCAUUCCCCACUGCUCUGCACUCCCCCUACCACAGCUCAGAAUCACUCGACUACCUGUCUGGCCUCAUGUCCAAGACCCUAUCGCCCACCCCCUAUGUCCCUAGCGGAGCUAGCGGCACAGCCGGUGUGAGCAUCGGUGGCUUUGUGUCACCCUCGGCUUCCCCCGUGUCAGCUCUCAGCCACUUCUCGUCCUCCACGGCGUGUCUGCUGGACGAGUUGCAGAUCUGUAGCCUGGACUCACCCGGCUCCUCACCCACGCCAUCGCCCACCCUCAGCCACGUCUCCACCUACACGUCCACUGCUGGCCGUGAUGACGCGCUAACAACCUCUGUGGCCUCCACUGCUGCAACAGCCACUGUCACUAACGGCCAGGUCCUCUCUCACGCUAUGAAUGGAAGCGCAGGCCAUCCACAGAGACCCCUGUCUCCCCCGUCCUAUCCUCCUCUCCCCGCCUCACUGCACACUGGGCUCCAGAGACAGAGCCGGAGUUCGGAGGGCAGCGAGUCUGUCACCAGAGAGUCGGUGAUGUUGGGCUACACCAGUGUCUGCAGUACUGUGCCCAUUGCCUCCUUCUCGGAAGAAGAAAAGAAGGUCUCCAUCAUCAAAGCCCCUCAUUAUGAAGGCAUUGGCCCUGUGGACGAGUCCGGCAUUCCUAUCGCCAUCCGCACGACGGUGGAUCGGCCUAAGGAUUGGUACAAAACUAUGUUCAAGCAGAUCCACAAGGUUCACAAAGCAGACGAUGACUACUCUGACACAUACAACGCAACUUAUGCUGUCAUAAACAAUGAUGACCACAGCCUUUCAUCCAACGCCACCACCAUGGCCCACCCGGCUCCCCGGACACACACAUACAGGCCGCUGUCCAAGAGCCCCUCAGACAAUGGAGGACACCUGGGCCCUCGAGAACCUUCUCCGUCCCCUGUACCCCCACCGCCUCCACCCAUGGCGUCCCUCCUGCAGCUGAGGGCCAGAGAUAGCGACCGCGAGAAAGAUUCCCCAGACAUGAAUGAAUGGGGUCCUCCUGACAGGAAAGUUGACACACGAAAGUACCGUGCGGAGCCCAAGAGUAUUUUUGAGUACGAGCCCGGGAAGUCCUCCAUUUUGGAGCAUGAAAGACCAACCUAUGAUGACAUAGAUUUAGAGAACGAGCCUUGGUAUAAGUUCUUUUCCGAGCUGGAGUUUGGGCGGCCGCCUCCUAAAAAACGACUGGAUUAUAAUCCAGACAUCUCCGCCCGCCAGCGCAUUGAGGCGUCCCUGCACAUCGCUCCCCCUGACAAGGCUCUGGAGAGACCUUCCAGUGCUGCGAGCGACUACAGGAAGAGAAGGAAGUCGGAGCCGUCAAGUUCCCAAGUGAACGCUCAGUCUCAGAGCAGAGCUGCAACUUCCCCCAAACCAGUGGAUGCCUACAGACCCAGCAGCAGCAUAAAAAAGAACGUCAUUCGUUCCUCACCAUCCUCGCCCUCCAGAGCCAAAGGUGGGGACGCAUGCAACAUGUAUUCAAACAGUUUGACCUCCCCAGGUCCUCAUCCGGGCCCCUAUGUGCCCCCUGUUCCUUCUGACUCUGUUCAUUGCCUCGAGGACGGGAGCCCGGACGGCAGCUCCUCCUCCAAGCAGUCUGUCUACUGUAAGAACAGUUGGCCGACAGAACGCCCGGAUUCCGAGACAUGGACCGGUACGGAGGAGGCGCCGCCCUCCUCUGGCAAAAUCAGGUCACGCAGCUGUGAUGACUUACUCAGUGAAGGACAUUCUGGCUCGGGCGGGCGCAAUGCCCCCCGCUCAGAAAGUGCUGGGUCACUGGUGUGUGAUGGGAAUCCCUCAGGUUCAACUGGAUCCACUUCCACUCGCUCAUUAACACGACUCCACCGGCGACGGGCGCAUGAUUCACCAGGCUUCCUGAAGCUCUAUCGUAAAAUGCACCAGAUCGAUCGAGCUCAGCUGAUCCCGUCCGAUAUCAUCCGCUCAGUCCGGGCUCGUAUCCUGGAUCUGGAGGGUCAACCUCACCUGCUUCGGCACGGCCUCUCCCCCUGGACACCCUCGUGGGGCGUGGAGGUGCCUACCGAUACGGUGCCAAACCGCAUUUCUGAAUAUGAAAGCCUUAUUCAGAAAUCUAAAUCCAUGCCCAACUUGGGUGAUAGUGAGGGGCCUUCAGGCACUACUACACCCGGUGGCUCAUCAUCCCGAGCCAGCAGCGGUGGUGGUGCCACACCCAUUUUUCCAAAACGCCGUUUUUCCAUAGAAUCUCUGCUAGAAGAAGACAUCAAGAUUAGCAGUGGACCAGUAUCUCAUACCAUGGAUCCCUUACAUCGACCUCGUAGCCCACCUGAGGGCCAGCCUCGUGGGCCAGAGCCACGUCAUCUUAGGUCCUUUCCCGCUCCUCCGAUCCCCCAAAUCCCACAAGCCAACCCAGACUACUCUGACAGUGAACAAGACGCCAUUGCGUCAGACCUCAGUGACUUCAUCCAGGUGGAGGGCUCCUCUUUUUGCAGUGAGAGUGACUUUGACCAUUGCUCACUAACCUCCUCUGAGAGCUUGUACGGCUCUUCCACCCUUCACCACCACCACCACCUCCGUCACCUCCACCACCAUCGCCACCGCCACACAGCUGGUCACCAGAAUGUGGGGCAGAGUCAGGGGUACCAGCACCGCCACCUCAUAAGCACCUGCAAAGGCCGCUGCCCAGCUUCUUACACCCGUUUCACAACGAUGCUUCGCCAUGAGAGAGAACGAGCGCGUCAGGAGCAGCAGAGACCGCCACAGCCGAGCCGCAGCAGCCAUUCUCAAAUCCAGAGCUCCCAGUCCCAGCAAGCGAUGUCCAAGCUGGCCUUCCUGGUCAGCCCAGUGCCUUUCCGCAGGAAAAAGGGCUCACCACCUACCUCUAAAAGAAUCAGUGGUGGCGGCAGUCGAGGCAGCAGGCCCAAGUCAAAACAGGACAUUUACGAAGCACUAGAUGAGGCGUUGAGAGACAUAUAUGAGCACAUUCAAUCAGAGAGAGGCCAGAGAGGCACCCGGGCCCCUGAUGACAGCAUCCUGAGGAGAAUCCUGGCUGAACUGCUGCCAAACGUGCCUGAACGAAGCUCCUCGUUGCGGGGGAGGAGGGGGUGCUGGCAGGGGGGUCACUCUUCCGCUUCAUUGUACCCGGACGGGAGCCCCACGGAGAACGCCUCAUACAGAGAGGAUCCACCCACACCGCGGCUACAGUCACCAAUCAGUGCCUGUUAUGCUCGCCACUUGGACACCUCAAAUAAUAAUGAAUAUGGAGAGGAGCAGGGCAAUGGAAAUGGUCACUGUUAUUCAGACCAGGAUGUCUCCAGGAGUUAUUCCACAAUGGACGGACGCCACACGCCCCAGAGUAGAAGAGCUACUCCUGACAGAGAGGUCUCCCAUAAACAGAUGACACAACUUAUUCUGUUCUCUCUCCUCCAUCAGAAACAGCCUGCAAAAGCCAUUUAUGAUUUUAAGGCACAAACAGCUAAGGAGCUGACAUUUAAAAAGGGUGAUGCGGUGAACAUCAUCAGGCAGAUAGACAACAACUGGUAUGAGGGAGAGCACCGAGGACGGGUGGGGAUAUUCCCCAUAUCAUAUGUAGAGAAGAUGCCGUCCACAGAGAAGCAGCAGCCGAUCCGUCCUCCUCCGCCAGCACACGUCAGAGAGAUCGGAGAGGCUGUGGCUCGCUAUAACUUCAAUGCGGACACCAACGUGGAGCUGUCUCUCAGAAAGGGUGAGAGAGUCAUUGUGAUAAGGCAGGUGGAUCAGAACUGGUAUGAGGGCAGGAUCCCAGACUCAACCAAGCAGGGCAUCUUUCCCGUGGCCUACGUUGACAUCAAGCGCUCCCCGUCCAAGAGCUCCGACCACCACAUGGACCUGCGUGGGCACCUUGGCCACAGGACGCCGAGCAGUACAUCCACCAAGCGAUUAGUCCAGGAUGCUCUACAUGGCGGAGGAGACCCGUACCAGGCCGUGUACAACUACACGCCUCGCAACGAGGAUGAGCUGGAGCUGAGAGAGGGCGACAUCGUGGAUGUGAUGGAGAAGUGUGACGAUGGCUGGUUUGUCGGGACGUCUCGAAAGAGCAAGUUGUUUGGAACCUUCCCAGGAAACUAUGUGAAGCAGCUAUAAUGAUGAUUCCACACCCCCCGCAAUCCUCCUCUUCGCCUCGCCCCCUUCUGUGACACGUUCAUCGCCCUCAGCACAGCACCUGCAGGACGCCGCCCCCCCCACAGCGCUCAGCAGAGACC